UAAAUAAAUAAAUUGAGAGGCUGAUGGCUUUGUCCCGUCGUUAGCUCUCCGGUGGUCUGCUGCUGCUUCUUCUUCUUCUUCUUCAUUGCAAUAGUAGACAGACACAGAUACACAGGCAGAGAGCGGUCUGUGCAGAAGUUCCUUUACCAAUCUCAGAUGGCCACCUCGACCUCCCUCGUGGCCAGCGUCCCCCAGGUCCGCCCCUGUCUGCCGCCGCGGGAUGCCGGCGGCCAGAGAGCGCGGCUCUACCCAUCUCUCGUCGGACUGCCCCGGUUCAGCCCCCGGUGUCAAUCCGUCUCCUCUUCUAAGAGGUGGUUAUCUGAUUCUGUACGUGGUGGGUCAAGUUUUCUUAGAAAGAAAAGUGAUGCUCGGAGAAGAAAUGCGUUCCUACUAGGUGGACAAGUGGCAAAGUUCCGUGCUCCAGAAUUACAUAAUUGUAUCUCCUGCUCCCUUAGUCGGCGGAGAAGUCAACUCAGCAUUGGAAGAUCUGCUCCGAGAGCUUUUGUUGACAAAUCUUCUUCUUACUUGUCCAUGUCACAUAGAGCCUUGAGGAAGUAUGUUACUCGUCCUCGUGCAACUGUUGGCCCGGAGGAGCCUCAUGCUGCCAGCACUGCAUGGCCAGAUGGUGUGCUUGAGAAACAAGAAUUGGAUGUAGACAAUUUUGAGUUUGAUAGGGCUGAGUUAGAGGGAUUUUUGAAUUCCAAGCUUCCAUCACAUCCAAAGCUAUAUCGAGGACAACUGAAGAAUGGUCUGCGCUAUCUUAUUCUACCUAAUAAAGUUCCUCCAAGCAGGUUUGAAGCCCACAUGGAAGUUCACGUGGGAUCUAUUGAUGAGGAGGAUGAUGAACAAGGUAUAGCCCAUAUGAUAGAACAUGUAGCAUUCCUUGGAAGUAAGAAACGCGAGAAACUUCUGGGAACAGGGGCCCGCUCUAAUGCUUAUACUGAUUUUCACCAUACGGUGUUUCACAUCCAUUCACCAGUUAGUGCAAAGGAUUCUGAAGAAGAUCUACUUCCAUCAGUGCUUGAUGCUCUAAACGAGAUUGCUUUCCACCCGAAAUUUCUUGCUUCUAGGGUUGAAAAAGAACGGCGAGCUAUACUUUCAGAACUACAGAUGAUGAACACAAUAGAAUAUCGUGUUGAUUGUCAGCUGUUGCAACAUCUUCAUUCUGAGAACAAGCUUAGCAGGAGGUUUCCUAUUGGACUAGAAGAACAGAUUAAGAAGUGGGAUGCUGAUAAAAUUAGGAAAUUCCAUGAGCGUUGGUACUUCCCUGCAAAUGCAACUUUGUACAUCGUGGGGGACAUUGAUAACAUCCCUAAGACGGUCUCCCAAAUAGAAUCUGUGUUAGGGCAAACAGGGCUGGAAAAUGAGUCGGUAUCUCCUCCAACUCCAAGUGCUUUUGGUGCAAUGGCUAGUUUUCUUGUUCCCAAGCUACCAGCCGGUCUUUCUGGAAGUUCAUCUCAUGAUAAAUCAAAUUCUCCUGAUCAAGCAAAGGUUGUUAAGAGGGAAAGACAUGCUGUUCGCCCUCCGGUGACGCAUAAUUGGUCUAUCCCAGGAAAUAUUUCUGAUAUGAAAGCUCCGCAGAUUUUCCAGCAUGAGCUCCUCCAGAAUUUCUCAAUUAACAUGUUCUGCAAGAUUCCUGUAAGUAAGGUGCGGACAUAUAGCGACUUGCGCAAUGUUCUUAUGAAAAGGAUAUUUUUGUCUGCUCUCCAUUUUCGAAUUAACACAAGAUACAAGAGUUCGAAUCCGCCCUUUACCUCAGUUGAACUGGAUCAUAGCGACUCUGGAAGAGAAGGAUGUACUGUCACUACACUUACAGUAACUGCCGAACCCAAGAAUUGGCAGAGUGCUAUAAGAGUUGCUGUUCAAGAGGUUCGAAGACUUAAGGAGUUUGGUGUCACAAAAGGUGAAUUAAGUCGUUACAUGGAUGCAUUGCUAAAAGAUAGUGAACAGCUUGCUGCAAUGAUCGAUAAUGUGUCAUCAGUUGAUAAUUUGGAUUUUAUUAUGGAGAGUGAUGCAUUGGGCCAUACCAUUAUGGAUCAGAUGCAAGGACAUGAAAGUUUGGUUGCUGUUGCCGGAACAGUGACUCUUGAAGAAGUUAAUGCUGCUGGGGCCAAGGUGUUGGAGUAUAUUGCUGAUUUUGGAAAGCCUGGAGCACCAACUGCAGCAGCAAUUGUUGCGUGUGUUCCUACAAAAGUGCACAUUGAUGAAGUUGGCGAAACUGAAUUCAAACUAUCUCCGAGUGAGAUUGUAGAUGCUAUUAAAACCGGGUUGGAGCAACCCAUUGAAGCUGAGCCUGAGCUAGAGGUGCCGAAAGAAUUGAUCUCUUCAUUAGAGUUGCAGGAACUGAAGCUGCAGCGGAGCCCAUCCUUUGUUCCUCUACAUCCAGAGGCAGGCAUCUCUAAAAUCCAUGACGAGGAAACAGGAAUUACACAGCUCCGUCUCUCAAAUGGAAUUCGGAUAAAUUACAGGGUUUCACAAACUGAAUCCCGAGGUGGAGUAAUGCGCCUUAUUGUUGGUGGAGGCAGAGCAGCAGAAACAUCAGAAUCAAGAGGAGCUGUUAUUGUGGGUGUGCGGACUCUGAGCGAGGGAGGUCGUGUUGGUAACUUUUCGAGGGAGCAGGUGGAGCUUUUCUGUGUGAAUCACUUGAUAAACUGCUCUUUGGAAUCCACGGAGGAAGUCAUUGCAAUGGAGUUCCGUUUCACUCUGAGGGAUGAUGGGAUGCGUGCUGCUUUCCAGCUCCUUCACAUGGUUCUUGAGCAUAGCGUGUGGUUAGAGGACGCAUUUGAUAGGGCAAGACAGCUAUACUUAUCAUACUAUCGAUCUAUUCCAAAAAGUUUGGAGCGCUCAACGGCUCACAAACUCAUGUUGACAAUGCUCAAUGGAGAUGAGCGCUUUGUUGAGCCCACACCAAUGUCGUUACAGAAUUUGUCUCUACAAUCUGUUAAAGAUGCAGUUAUGAAUCAGUUUGUUGGUGAUAAUAUGGAGGUCAGUAUUGUCGGGGACUUCACUGAGGAAGAAAUCGAAUCCUGUAUUCUUGAUUACCUGGGUACUGUGGGAUCCACAAGGGGUUCAACAACAGCAACUCAAUACGAGCCUGUCUUGUUUCGACCUUCGUCAUUGCAAUCUCAACAAGUUUUCUUGAAAGACACUGAUGAGCGAGCGUGUGCAUAUAUUGCUGGUCCUGCACCUAACCGCUGGGGUUUCACAUAUGAAGGUGAAGACCUAUUUGAGUCAAUUAGUGAAAUUUCGCUAUCCGACGCAGGAGCACAAUCAACCUCUGAGGAAUUAAAUGUUGAGAAGAAUGUUGGAACCAUUUCACAGACAAAACUUAGAAGCCAUCCUCUUUUCUUUGGUAUUACGAUGGGGUUGUUGGCGGAGAUCAUAAAUUCAAGGCUAUUUACAACAGUUCGGGACUCCCUUGGGUUGACAUAUGAUGUAUCCUUUGAAUUAAACCUGUUCGAUCGACUCAAUCUCGGUUGGUAUGUGAUCUCUGUUACAUCAACUCCGAGCAAGGUGCAUAAAGCUCUUGAUGCAUGCAAGAGCGUUCUUAGAGGACUGCAUAGCAACAAGAUUGCCCCAAGGGAGUUGGACAGGGCAAGACGAACACUCCUGAUGAGGCAUGAAGCUGAAAUUAAGUCCAAUGCCUAUUGGCUUGGACUGUUGGCUCACUUGCAAGCUUCUUCUGUUCCAAGGAAGGAUAUAUCAUGCAUCAAAGAUCUUACGGCAUUGUAUGAAGCUGCCACCAUUGAGGAUGUAUACCUUGCAUACGACCAGCUCAAGAUAGAUGACAAUUCAUUGUAUUCAUGCGUUGGGGUUGCAGGCACACAGGAUGGUGAUGAACUUGGAGCUUCCUUGGACGAGGGAGAAUCUGGCGAAGAGUUCCAAGGUGUGAUCCCUACUGGGCGGGGUUUGUCUACUAUGACCCGACCAACGACCUGAUGAAUUGCAUAUAGUGCUCUCAACUGUAAUGUUAUCCUAGCAUUACGAGGAACCAUACACAUGGGUCUUUGGGGGAGUAGGGAAAUUCGGGUUUCACACAGCUCAGAUUUGGUUCUGCUUUACGGUCAAUUUGUUCGGCCUGAGGCGGCUAUUUGAUGACUCCCAUGCUCUCUCCACGGUAUUCCGUUGAACCAGGAAGGCUUUCAACCAAGACAUGUUUGAUGGAUUGGUAGAGGGAAAAAUUCUCCAAGUUUCUAGAUUGUAAUUGAUUUUUGAGUUAUAACAAAAUAUUCUUGCUGGUCACAAGCCAAAUCCAUUAGAGGCGGUAAAUAAUUUGUAUUUAUCAGAAUAAGAUUUUUCUGAUUGUAGCUUAUUUUUGUAGAAUUUCUGAACUCCCUCAAUAAUCUGAAAGCAGAGGGAGAGAUGCAAUAAGAGAUUUUACAGAUGUUCGACAGCUAUUCCGAUU